AUGACAGAUUUGAUGAAAGCUGAAAAUAAAUCGCCACCCCGGCCCUGUGGGUUGAACCACUCUGACUCUCUAAACCGAAGUGACAGAAUAGAUGCCGUGACACCAACACUUGGGAGCAGUAAUAACCAGCUGAAUGCCGCUUACUUACAAGUGUAUAUUCCCGAUUACUCUGUAAGAGCCAUAGCAGAUCUGCAGUUUGUCAAGAUAACAAGGCAGCAGUACCAAAACGCCCUCAUGGCUUCACGAAUGGACAAAACACCUCAAUCUUCAGACAGUGAAAACACUAAGAUUGAUAUGACUCUGACUGAGCUUCACGAUGGUUUAGCGGAUGAAACCGCAAACCUUUUAAAUGAACAGAACUGUGUCACACACAACAAGUCCAAUCACAGUAUGCACAGUGAAGGGCCUAUCUGAUACAGAGCUCAGCCUAUUGACUUGUGGGACAUCCCUCACUACAUUCUCAAGCUUCGCUCCUGGAUUCCUAUUUGUGCAACCGCAAACAUCCUGAGCGCAUGCUCGUCAUGCGCCAGCCAGCAUUCUGAGACCAAAGAUUCUGAGCCCAGCGGCAGCAGGAACUUAAAACCGAGAGCCGGAGAGACGUGGAAAGGAAACCAAUUGUAACACACUAAAUAGGGAUUAGUCAAGUGAGACCAAAACAAGGAUCAAGUAUCUCCUGUGAUUACCUCCCAUAAUGCCCCAAAACCAAUAACUGAGAACAUUGCCCUCCUUUUCUCACAGGACAUAGAGAGACAUUCAAGUGAACUAAUUUAGUUUUGGGUUUUUUUCGUUUUAAGUCUGCACCAGUACACAACGCUAAAUUAAUAAUUUUGUAAUCUAAGCAGUCAUAAGACCAGAUCUUAAAAUUAUUCCGCACAGUUUCUUUAAACGAAGACAUGGCCAUUUUAGAGAAUUGUGUGUGUAUAUCUAAUCUAAUGAUUAGAAAAUGUAGUAUUUCUUGUAUCUGCCUGCCCUGGUUGGCAGUCUGUGCCUUCUUUCAUAGAUCUGUAUGCCUGGGCAUAGCUUCUGCUCAUCCUGGUUUAUCAAAAGAAAUGGCAGGGGGGCAUUCGCAGGGACCCCAUAUUGCUUAUUUGUGUCCCAGUUAAGCAGCUCCUCCAUGCCAUCAAAAUAAAAAAACAAAUAUCUAUGUAGCUUUUUGGCCACUUACAAAUUCACACUUUAAGGAUUAUGGUACCUCCAAAUUAGCUGGAACCCCAGAGAUGUUAGUGCUAAGAUUCCGUGAAACUUUUU